AUGAUUCAGAAAAUUCCAAGAGAAGAAAGUGACGUGCUGCCCGUCUCAGUAAUCGACUGCCACAAGCGAGAAAUUGUCCCAGUGUGUGGUCCUUGCGACUAUGUGGCUCUCAGUUACGUCUGGGGUCAGACAGCAGCGCAAGAGGCUCCCAAAGGCGACUCUCUGCCUCAUCACCUUCCACGUAUAGUCGAGGAUGCCAUGACUGUGGUAAGAGAGCUCGGCCUGCAGUAUCUCUGGGUGGACAGGUACUGUUUAGAUCAGAGCAAAAAGGCCGAGUUCCAAGCACAGCUCAACCAGAUGGCCGACAUUUAUCGCCACGCACUUAUAACUAUUAUCGGAGCAGCUGGCUCAGACGGGGACUACGGACUACCCGGCGUCAGCUCCCGACAUCGAAUCAAGCAGCCUCGCAUCAAAAUUGGCGACUACACGCUUUGGUAUUCUAUGACUGACCCGCGAAAACUAGUUCGAGAAAGCGCAUGGAUGACUCGCGCCUGGACAUACCAAGAAGGGGUCUUUUCUUGGAACUGGAUCGCAUUCACCGAUGAGCAAGUCUUCUUCCAGCGCUCGAACACAGAGCAGACAAACCUGGAACGCUGGUGGAAGACGUCCUGCGAGAUGUUCCCUGACGGUGGGCUAGGAGCCGACGCAAAUUGUCCGUUGCUGAACAUGUACGACAAGGUAUGGCAGAACGAGGGGGCUAUUCACCAGCUUCUUGCACAAUACACAGCUCGGAAGUUGACCUAUCAGUCCGACGCGAUUAACGGAACAUUGGGGUUGUUGAAGCGUUGCGGAAAUGGGCCGUAUCGAAUGAACCACUACUUUGGCAUUCCGAUUCUAGGACCGUUGGUCAUCCAUCGCAAGGCCAUGGGUCGUGAUCCCAGUCGGAGGUGGCCGCUGAUGGAAGCUUUCCUGGUGAAUUUAUGCUGGAAGACGAAGGGGCCUGGGCCGCGCAGAGCUGAGUUCCCUAGUUGGUCAUGGGCUGGCUGGCAAGCUGUCUAUGAGGGCUCUGCUCAACCACUGGCUCAUAUUGGGCUCACUGGGAGAAGCUUGACUAAGGUGAAGCUGUCGGUGAAAAUGAAGCAGGUCUUGGUAGACUGGGAGGCCAUGUGUAACAUGAUUCACUGGGACCUUUACGGGGAUUUAAAAUCCCUACCGCCCGAGUUGUAUAUCCAGGCACCGACAGUUCCACUGACUGUCUGCCAAGGGUUAAAAGAAAGCGAGGAUAAUUUUGCUGGUCAUGCUGCGCAUCUUGCACCUAUGUCCUGGUGUGCUGUGUUGAACGACAAUGAAUACCAGAUUUUGAUUGAGAUCGAUCUGGUCGACGAAGAAGUUGCAUCGACGCUCCAGACGAAGGACUCUCUGCUGUUGAAAGGAAUCAUUCUCCGACAUUUGGACCCUCAUGCAGCCCUGGAAUAUAACUACUACGAUAACCAGGUCUGGGCGUUUGCUCUGGUCGUGCUAGAAGAUAAAGGCGGGACAAGGAGGGUUGGAAGCCUGGAGCUGCGGCCAGACAAUUACUUGGUCCGUUGGAAAUACAGUGUCGACCAUUCAAGUGCGAAAAGUGGAAAGUGCUGGGUGCGCGGUCUCCUAAAGGAGGUGUCGGCCGACGUUGAGAUUCCUCCGAGCUCGGGAGCUUCUUCGGGCCCGAACACUAGCAUUUUAGCUACUUCAGUUCACCAACCCGUCAUCAUCGUCGGGGCCAGCCUGGUCGGGCUUUCGGCCGCUCUGUGUCUAUCCAAGCACAGGGUACCCACCAUCGUCCUAGAGAAACAUGCAGCCAUCUCGAAGCACCCACGUGCUAUCGGCUUUACAUCGCGGACCUUGGAAAUCUAUCGCUGGCUUGGCAUCGCCGACCAAAUUCCGGAAGUCCCCAAAGACUUCAAUCUGAUGAGAGCGAGAGUCGAGAGCAUGACAGGCAAAUGGUUUGAAAGCACCUCCUGGUCAGACACGGGUAACUCCAACAAAAGGUCAAGCCAGGAGGUACCUGCUCCGAAGAAACAAUACUCGCCGUCCCGCGGAGCGGCCUUGCCCCAGGAUCAAUUGGAAGCCAUCCUCCAAGUGACAGCGAUCGACAGAGGUGUGGACAUCCGGCGCCAACAUUGGGUAAAAAACGUGAUGCAAAAUCAGGCAAGUGUUAUUGUCACAGUGGUUGAUCCGCAGGGCAAGGAGAUUCAAAUCGAAGGUUCGUAUCUCAUCGCCGCAGACGGCAGUCGCAGCACAAUUCGUGAGCUACUUCAGAUCCCACGGAACGGGCGUGGCCAUAUGCAGACCAUGCGCAGCGUACUGUUCCGCGCGCCCCUGGAGGAGUACAUGCAGGGAGUGCACCAAUUCAACAUCGAUCAACCGGAUCUCAAAGCGUUUAUGACGACCUAUAAUGAUGGUCGGUGGGUAUUGAUGUUCCACGAUGACGUGGAGCGCGAUGAGCCCACCCUUCGCUCGGCAAUCAACCAAGCCAUCGGCAGAUCGGACUUAUCGGUUGACAUUAUUACGACCGGUCGCUGGGACUUAGCAGCUCUUGUCGCAGACACAUUCCAGUCGGGGCGUGUUUUUCUCGCUGGUGAUGCGGCACACACGCUGCCACCGAACCGAGGAGGAUAUGGAGCAAACACGGGAAUACACGAUGUUGAUAACCUCGCCUGGAAGCUAGCGGCCGUUCUAUCGGGCAAGUCAUCCCCUGAACUCUUAGACACGUACGAUGUGGAACGGCGUCCCGUGGCCCUCCUUCGCCAUGAUCAGAUCUUUGCCCGAGCCGACUACAAAGUCCAUUUGGACAAGGCUACGCCCGCCGGUAAAAAGCUCGAUGAUGAUGCGAUGGAAUUUGGACAACUGUAUCUAUCAAAUGGCUUUAUAGGGGUCGACAAUAACCUCCCACGAGCAUUGAAGCCAGACGAAUGGGCAGGGCAGCCGGGUACUCAUGUGCCACAUUUCUGGGUCAUUCAAGAUGGCACCCCUUUUUCAAUCUUAGACCGGGUGGGCGAGGAUUCAUGGACACUGCUCUCUGAGUCGGCAGAAUGGGGGAACGUUGUGGCUCAGUUUGCUGACGAAGGGAGCUUCCAAGAGACUCUGGGAGUGUCUGCCACUGGCGCAUCGCUCCUGCGACCGGAUGGAUAUAUUGCCUGGAGGACAAAGGAGAUGCCAGCAAAUCCUGCGAAAUGCCUGGAUGAUGUUGUAACUCAAGUCGCUUUUCGGGUGAAUAGCCGUCAGAACUGA